GGCUGCAGCGCGUACGCCUCCUGAGCCUCCUCUUCGGGAGCCUUGCCGUCGACUGGCUGCUCCCCGGAGAGUCCCUGCGCUUCUCCUUGGGGCACCAUGCCCAACGACGACGCAUACAGCAAGCCCUCGACACCGUCGGAGGCCCCACACGCCCCUGGGGCACCACCGCAGGGCAAGGCCGGGGGCUGCGGCAAAGCGGCCGGGGCGCUGCUCGCGACCACGGGCGGCGCGGGCGCCGGGGACAGCGGCGGCGGCUCCGGCUCCGGCUCGGGGGCGUCGGGCAUGAGCGCCGCCGCGAGCAAGAAGUCCCCGCGGCUGCCCAAGUGCGCGCGGUGCAGGAACCACGGCUACGCGUCGCCGCUCAAGGGCCACAAACGCUUCUGCAUGUGGCGGGACUGCCAGUGCAAGAAAUGCAACCUGAUCGCAGAGAGACAGCGCGUGAUGGCCGCGCAGGUGGCCCUGAGACGGCAGCAGGCCCAGGAGGAGGAGCUGGGCAUCAGCCACCCCAUCCCGCUGCCCAGCGCGGCCGAGCUGCUUGUCAAGAGAGAGAACAACGGCAGCAACCCAUGCCUGAUGACGGAGAGCAGCAGCUCCUCGCAGCCCCCGCCGGCCAGCACCCCCACCACUGCAGCUUCAGAGGGACGGAUGGUCAUCCAGGAUAUUCCUGCUGUCACCAGCAGAGGGCACGUGGAGAACACACCUGACCUUGUUUCCGACUCCACCUACUACAGCAGCUUUUACCAGCCGUCUCUGUUCCCUUACUACAACAAUCUGUACAACUACCCGCAGUACUCCAUGGCCUUGGCCGCUGACUCCUCUUCCGGGGACAUGGGAAGCCCCCUUGGGGGCUCCCCUGUGAAGAAUAGCCUCCGGAGCCUCCCAGCACCUUAUGUGCCUGGUCAGACAGGAAACCAGUGGCAGAUGAAAAACUCGGAGAACCGCCAUGCAAUGAGUUCCCAGUACAGGAUGCAUUCUUACUACCCGCCUCCCUCCUACCUGGGCCAGAGCAUGUCUCAGAUCUUCACUUUUGAGGACGGUCCCUCUUACUCGGAAGCCAAAGCGAGUGUAUUCUCGCCACCCAGCAGUCAAGAUUCUGGCUUGGUUUCCCUCUCCAGCAGCUCUCCUAUUAGUAACGAGAGCACAAAGGGAGUGCUCGAAUGUGAGUCUGCCUCGGAGCCCAGCAGCUUUGCGGUCACUCCCGUCAUCGACGACGAUGAGUAAGCUGUGCUGAUGCCUUUGGCUGUUCUCUUGGAGUAGCAGGCUUUUUCCGUUUUUACACAGGGUUUGUUGUUAACAUUUUUGCUGAUUUAACUGUUGAGAAGGUGUUUGGUUUAUGCUCCUUAGAGUUUAGCCCAGAGGUUAGAACACAUUUAGAAUAGUUUAGGAUCUGUGUCUACCAUCCGUAACAGUUAAGUGCUUUGCCCAUGGAGUUAAAUAUUACAUAGUAGGGUCCCUCUUUUUUUAUGACACUAGUUUACCUGUAGUUUUCAAGAAAUACAAUAAUUCACUCAAAUAAAGCAGUACAUUUGCAUCUAAAUGUGUCAUAAUUAGAUACUACCUUUAGUUUUAAAAUGAAAUCUUAGGUGCCUUAGAUAUUUUUUGAAUAUUAAUAUUUUAACAAAACUGCAAAAAUAUAAACUUAGUCAAGUACCUGACUGGUGAGAAGAGCAGACAGUUAUUAUUUUUGAAAUCUGCAGAAGGUUAGUGCAAACAGAAAUACUGUGUGUUUGUGUUGCUGUUUGAAAAGCUUAGCCCCAACCGCAUCCCCUCAAAUCCAAAACGACUGAAAUAUAGCCAGAAGAAAAAAUUAACGACUUUAAGAAUUGUUACCUUUUCUGUAAAGGGAAAUUUGAAAACAUUACAAUUUAAAGUAACCCUAGUAAUGCAGAGUUCCUGUGUGUUGUUUCUAGAAUAAUACAAGAGUUUAUGAUACACAUUCUACUGCAAAAAAAAAAAUGGAUGCAAUCUAGAUUAUUUUGUAACCUUAGGCUGUAAUCUGAUUUGAAAAUAAGUACAUCUUUAAAAGUUACUACAGAUUUCUGAGUUCAUUAUUUUGUUAAAAAUUGCUUGUGGUGUACUUCCUUAUGUAACAGAAGCCAUCCUGAAAUGAAACUAGUCUAAAAAAAAUUCAUUGUUCUGUGUAGUUGCAGCUGUACCUGAAAUAAAAAUGUUAUUGAUGACUGAA